ACUCGACGUUCGAAGUUCAUCGUUCGAAAAUAGUGAUUCAACGCUGGAACAUACAUCUUCGUGGGAAGAACGAGUUCUUUCUCUCUCUCGCCUUUCUGACGUUCCUCUUAUGUUAUCUUGCGUGCUUGAAUGUUACUCCUACGAGAAAUAUUGCCCUGAAUACUUUCCGAUAUUAAAUAUGCUUCCUUUCUACGUACGAAAAAUAUAAGAUUAAUUAAUGUCAUCGAUUGGUUCCAAAUCUGUAAGCGAAGAAAUUAAGCAUAAUGGACACAGAAAAGACUGAUGAAACAAAAUAAUGUUUAAAGAUAAAUGAAUAAGGAAUAAGGAAGAUAAGACAAGAGAACAAAAUCAUAACGGGGAAACAUCUUUGGGGGAUAAGAACAUAUAAUAAAAGCACAGAACAAUAAACUAGCAAUGGAUGAAUGGGAGUGAGCACAGUGCACGCGAAGUGCAGGUGUGGGUGCGCACGCACGCGGGAGCCUCUGGAUGUCGAGGCCGCAGCACUGGCAGUGUCAGUGGCAGUGAUGGCCCCUGCUCUGACGGAAGGUGGUCCUCAGAAGCCUGAAAAUUUGCUCCCUUCCCUUCCAGCUGGUGGGUUCCUUUCCCCAGAGCAGGCUACACAAGUCUGCCAGAAUCGUGAAAUUCUGGCGAAAUUUGUUGUCUCUGCAAACGUUCAGCCAUCAAAGAUUGACGAGCAGUGUUUACAUGGUAUAUCCAAGGACCUGAUUCGUGAUGUCAUCAACUCAAAAUAUGCAAAUGAUCUUGAUAGUUUGUCAACAUUUACGCACGGAUCUGACUUGAUUACAAAACAGUCAUUAAUUAAAGAGGACUGUGCACAACCAGACACUCUGGACAGUCCAGACAAAAAGGUGACCGACAUUAUAAUGAACGACCCAUCUAUGGGUGAUCAAGCGGACAAUAUGGGUUUCUUAAAAUCAAGUGCAGACUUGCCUUUGGUGGGCUCAGAAGCUGCAGGAGACAAUAAAAAUCUGGACGUGGAUCAAAUAAUGGCCUUUAAUACUGACAUAACUACAGAUACCGAGCAGUGCAACAUGGGCAAUGUCAGCGAUAUUGGACACAAUGUAGAAGAGAUUUUGCAAGUUAUUAAAUCUAUUGAAAGUGUGGAAAAUGCAGAAAACAUAUCUGCAGGUGUUAGUGAACCAGUGCAAAGCACUGUGGAUGGUGUGGAAAUGUUUUCUAUGCCCGAGGAAGGAUUUUCUUCCUUUGAACGGGAUUUACUUAACGAUGUUGAUGUCAUGAGUAUUUGCAACAAUAUGAAUAUUGCAGAAACUGUGGACCAACCUAAAACUAACAACAUAAAGUUGCAGCAAGAUAUUGUUGCUCAAAAACAAUUUGAGAAUGAGAGAAGAUGUGCAUUUUUACUAAGAAGACUGAGGAAGCUUCAGGCAAGAAUAAUAGGCAGGCAUGUCGCCGAAGAAAAUACAGGAGUUCUUGAACUUGCUCAUCAUGGAGUGAAAAAAUAUCUGUUUCAAGAAUUGGUUAAUAUCAGUUCUAAAUCUAAUGCUAGAAACUUUCCUGAGAUUAGUAGUAGUUUAAAUUCGUUUUUGCAAAAGAUUGAGAAAAUGUGUGUUGCUCAGAGCAAUAGUGUGAAUCGUCAGCGAUUAUGUUGCCGAUAUUUUGGUGGUGGAUCGCGUGAUAGUUUGGGUGGCACUUCUGGCACUAAUGGUAAUCGACAGCCAGUGUUUGGUACUCCACAAAUUAAAGUUAAAGGUGAUGAAAUGGAAAACUUGGCUGGACCCUUGGCCAUGCAGCUACAUGUUGUGGAGUCCAAUCUUGACUCUGAUUGUACAGCAUCCAGUAGUGGUGGAGAAAGUUGUGAUGAAAUGCAGACAUUUAAUAACCCACAUCAGCAACAUUUAUCUAUAUCAAAAAGAGCAGCAUGGAGGUAUGCUCAGGAUCGUGCAGGUGUAGCUGCAAGAUGGACUUGGUUACAAGCACAAAUAUCAGAUCUGGAAUAUAGAAUUAGACAGCAUAAUGAAUUGCAACGACAUAUUAGAGCUAAUAAGGGAUUAGUGAUACUUGAUAACACUGAAACAGUAAACGGGUAUAGUGGUGUUUUACCUGGCUCUACAGGACGUUAUAGUUCGUCAGAAACUGAACUACCAGCUAGUAGAACACGACCAUUCGUAUGGAGCUUUUAUAGGAAGAGAAAACUAUUGCAAGUAGACAGAUUACAUGAAGUUUCUAAACGAGCAGCAAAAGCAUCAACAUUAAGAUGCAAUUGUGAUAACGUAUUACCUCCGUGUGCUUUAUGCACUGGAAGAUCAGAUCCAAUGCAACCACAAGAACCAAUUGAACAGAUGUCUGUCCAAGAACGAGUUGCACUUGUUGAUCCUAGUUAUCAUCCUGUGUUGUCAUUUCCUGAUGAAAUUACUCAAGGAACUCAUCUUGAAGCUAUCAUGAAAUCAGUGGAAUGGCAACAAAAAAUGUUAAGAGGAAAUUUACGAAUUACUCGGCUGAAGGAUAAAGAUGGCAAUGAGAGAAGGAAUAAAAAACUUCCAGGGCACAGAACAAAAUAUGCUGCACGAUUAAAAAAAUCAUCCUCAAGUAUUCUUACAGCACGAAUUAAGAGGAAAAUGUUGAAGGGAAAAAGAAAUAGACUAGGUCACGAUAGAAGUGUCCAUGGUUUGAGUAGAAAGAGGGUACAAAAAUUGCCUGCUGAAGAUGAUGAUGAUAUUAGUGCACUGUCCAGCUCUAGUAAGCAUUCAUCUCCAGUGCCUUCUCCUUUGCACCAUACUGCUACUUCUACAGAAAGAAAUACUGUUAAAGAGAAAAGUUCCACUUCUCAUGGACGCCUCAGGCAGAAUUCAUACGAUAUCGAUAAUAUUGUUAUACCAUAUAGUGUAGCUGCUUCAACUAGGCUUGAAAAAUUACAAUACAAAGAAAUAUUGACACCAAAGUGGAGGUUAUGCGAAGAACCUUCGAAACUGGAUAUUAAGAAUGGAGUUAUGCACAGGCCUAGUCAAGACAGUGAUUUUGAAGAUAUGUCAGAUGAAACCAUUGCUUUGAGACAUGAACGCAGUGAGCGAGAGGAAAAUAAACGUUUUAUGACAUAUAUGAAUAUGCCACAUCAGUCACGUAUUCGUCACAAUCGCAGGACAGAUAGUCGAGCAGAUAGUGGUGCGAAUACACCAGAUCCUAUGUCUCCACAUGCAAGCGAUUUUGGUGGGGAUGUGAUGUCGCCAGUUACAUCGCCUCCUGCGACUCCUUCUCAAGUUCAAGAUUCCGAAAAUCAACAUAACUCGGACACACAACGGACAUCUGCUUUACAAAAUGCAUUACGACGUCGUACAACACCUACGCUAAGAUUAGGAAAGGAUGACAUGAGUACUUUGGUAAAUGAAGACGAAAAUGAGAUUUUGCCAUACGAACCAAGGGUAUUUCCAUUAUCCGAAGAAGUUUAUGACAAAAUGCUGGAAGUGAUGCCAGAUGGGCAUUGGCAAGCUUCGUCAGCGUCUCUGUGCUCCCGAGAAGAAGAGAAAGCAGAUGAUGAUGGGGAAAUGGAUUCUCCAGAGUCCGAUUCGACGGAAUCAGCUUGUUGUGACAUAGAAGGUGAGGAUCCGAAUGAUCCUGAAUGGACAGUAGCUGACGAUAGGGAUACUGAAAAGGAACGAAUACGUCCGACGGCUAAAAGAUAGGAUAAAACCUUUAAUAAGUACAGUAUGUCUACGUCGUCGUUACUAUAUGCAGAAGCUACCUGUCAAUUGUUACAUAUACCUGUCGGUCAUGUAAUAUGCACCUUAAGUUAAUGGUAUUACGAAUCUGUAAAGUGUAUUAUAAAUAUAAAUUUUAUAACUUCA